GCCUGUAUAUGUGUGUGUGUCUGCCUGAGUGUGUGUCUGUGUAUAAACAGGCGCGUGCCCCGCAGCAUGUGCACGCGCGUGUGCCUCGCAGACGCGGGGGUGACACCGCGCUGCCCCGCGGUGACUUAGGCGCGGCCCGCCGCUCUCCCCCAUUCACAACCCGCGGCCGGCCGGCGGCGCGGACGGAUUUUCUUUAUUUGUGAAUGGAGGCAGUGACGUCGCCGCACCCGCGUACCGCCUCCCCUCCAUUCAUGUGGCCCCCGCGCGCCGUGAAUGGGCGGGGCGGGGGCGCGUGCUGGCCGCCGCCGGGUAGUAAAGGCUGCGCGCAGUGCACGCGGGGCUGCACGAGCGACGCGGGCGGCGGGCGCUUUCCCCGCCAUGGUGGCUACCGAGGGGCUGCGCGAGAUGGAGGGCAGCGCGCUGCGGCGGCUCGUGGGCCACGACGAGGCCGGGGCCGGCGGCGCCGCGCGGUGCCUGGUGCUGGACUGCCGCCCCUUCCUGGCACACAGUGCCGGGCACAUCCGCGGGGCGCUCAACGUGCGCUGCAACACGAUCGUGCGGCGGCGGGCCAAGGGCGCCGUGAGCCUGGAGCAGAUCCUCCCGGCCGAGGGCGAGGUGCGGGCGCGGCUGCGGGCCGGGCUCUACGCCGCCGUCGUGGUGUACGACGAGCGCAGCUCGCGCGCGGAGGCCCUGCGCGAGGACAGCACCGUGGCGCUCGUGGUGCGCGCGCUCCGCCACGACACGGCGCGCGCCGACAUCCGCCUCCUGGCAGGGGGCUAUGAGCGCUUCUCCUCAGAGUACCCUGAAUUCUGUGCAAAAACCAAGUCCCUGAGCAAUGUGUCACCCCCCAGCAGUGCUGAGCCCCUGGAUUUGAGCUGCAGUUCCUGUGCGACUCCCUUUCAUGACCAGGGUGGGCCUGUGGAAAUCCUUCCCUUCCUCUACCUUGGCAGCGCCUACCACGCAGCCCGGCAGGACAUGCUUGAUGCAAUGGGCAUCACAGCUCUGCUGAAUGUCUCCUCAGACUGCCCCAACCACUUUGAGGGGCACUAUCAGUACAAGUGUAUCCCUGUGGAGGAUAACCACAAAGCUGACAUCAGCUCCUGGUUCAUGGAGGCAAUUGAGUAUAUUGACUCAGUGAAGGAGUGCUGUGGCCGGGUCCUGGUGCACUGCCAGGCUGGCAUCUCCCGCUCGGCUACCAUCUGCUUGGCGUACCUGAUGAUGAAGCAGCGUGUCAAGCUAGAGGAGGCCUUUGAGUUUGUCAAGCAGCGCCGGAGCAUCAUCUCCCCCAACUUCAGCUUCAUGGGGCAGCUGCUGCAGUUUGAGUCGCAGGUGUUGGCCACUUCAUAUGCAGUGGAGGCCGUCAGCCCCUCGGGGACACUGCGGGAGCGGGGCAAGGCCACCUCCACCCCCACCUCGCAGUUUGUCUUCAGCUUCCCAGUGUCUGUCGGUGUCCAUGCCACCCCCAGCAGCCUCCCCUACCUGCACAGCCCCAUCACCACGUCGCCCAGCUGUUAGCUCAGUGCCAAGGCCAGCCAGGCAGGUAGUGCCAGGUGUGCAGGGGGCGUGGAGCCCUGUGAUGUUAAGCAAUAGUGACAGACACUGCCAUUCACCCUGGACUCGACAUCUUUUUUGUAGAGAAAUUUCUUAUCUCAUCUUGGUUUGUUUGCUUUUUAUUGUUAUGUUUUGAAAGCACGAAGUUGUAAAAGCCACAAACCUUGACAUUGUCCAGGCUCUUUGGGGGAGGAAAAAAUUAGUAUACUGGGUUUCCUCAAGUGCCUGGUCUUCAUGUGUUUCCAUCCCUAUUUUACUGUCUUGUUUUUUUACACUUCCGCUUCUCACCAUGUUCCUGCCCCCAGCUCAUCUAGGCUAACAAGGGAGCAUACCCUGAUUUCGUUGUGCAGUAGCCUUCCCCCUUGCAGAGAGACCUGUGUGUGUGUGGUGGAUGCUGCUUACCUGAGCCAGGUACACUUCAGACAAGCAGAGCUGCAGAGCUUCAGGCGGGGCCUUGGGGCAGGCAGGAGUGGUGGCACGGGGCUGCCUGCACUCAACCUCAGCCCUGCCAGUGGCUGGGGAGAUGAGGCAGGAGCUGGCAGGCACCUGCCAAGUCACCUGCUGAGCCUAUUCCAGUGGGGGACAGCAAUCUCUGCGGUUGGGAAGUGGUUUGAAGGGAGAGAUGUAGUCUGAAAUGCCUCUUUUCUUGCCUCUGGAUUACUGGUUUCUAUAAAACUUAGGUCCAAUCUCCUGUGGCUUUAAGAUGAGAAAGAAGGGGUGGGGAAGCAGUCUGGGGUGCUUUUGAUUACUCUGUUCAGUUUCCUCUUCACUAGUCCCACUGCUGCUCUUCUUCCAAAAGAAGCAGGAUGGGACAUGGGUGGGCUAUAAUGGAAGAGAGAAGCUGUAGAGUAGAGGACAGGCUGGCCCAGAGGUGUCAUUCAUCCAGCAUUUUCAAGCUUCUCCCACCUCAUGACCAGCCCUUUUCCUGUGCUCAGUCUUGUUCACCUGUGCAACAUUUCUGCAGCUUUUGGUCCAAGCCUUGAAAAUGCCUCAUCUUCAACCCACCUGGAGCCUUAUUUCCCACCCUACCUCUGUCCUUCCCUCCAGUCCAGUCCAACACACAAGAUGCCUAUGUGGCUGAUGUACAUAUGUAUGGUUUUGGUUUUGUUUGUUUUUGUUUUUUCUAGAAAUUAACUUUUUAUUUAUUGCCUGAGGGAGGGAGAAAACAUUGUUUGGAGAAAAUAAAAAUAAAACCGUUUUCAA